CUCGCUGACAGGCUGGGUGAAUCUUAAUUGUGUAAUUUUCAUUGAGGAGUCAGCACAAUGCAGUGAGAGGCACACUGAAGGGAGCAGAGCGAUGAAAUGCUCUCAUCGAGGAGAACGCAGAUGGACAGCUUAGUUCAGCCGCUCGUCGCCCAGUAUCUCGCCAUGGGAUGCCAGUCUAAAGAGAACCAGAGCGAAUGUGUAGCGACGGAAGAAAAGGGGAAAGACGAUGUGAGGGUGACUGGGUGCACCUCUGGCAAGUCCAAAGUUUCUCCUCCGGGACGUAAUCAUAGAUUCCACAAAUUCAGUCCCGUCCAAACCCCCCCAGGUAAAUCAGGGAUGUCUUUGGGACACCUGGCCAAGGGGGCAACCUGGGAGGAGCUUAUCCAGGCCUGCCUGCAGUGCUUCGACACAGAUGGUGAUCUGCGGGGGAGCAGCCACCUGCUGAACGUCACUUUGACCAUGCACCGUCUCCUCAUGUCCUCCAGUGACCUUCUGGACAAGCUCGUCUGUCUAUUUAAGACAGCAGUGGACAAUGAGCAGCCAACACAGUGUCAGAGGAUAUGCUACUUUAUAAGGCAUUGGAUUCAGGAAUUCUGGGGAAUGUUCCGAUUGCACCACAGCUUGUCUGACAAGCUGGAUGAAUUUCGAGAUCUGAUCAGAGAGCAAGGACAGGAGCAUCUUUGCUCUCUCCUAGAGACCAAAUGGAUAAAUGAGCGGGACUGGUCAUGGAAGGCCAGCCAGAAGAUCAAAGCUAACUACAGUAAAAAGAGGAAGGUUUCUCUGCUUUUUGAUCACCUGGAGCCCUCUGAGUUAGCUGACCACCUCACCUACUUGGAGUUUAAAUCCUUCUGCAGAAUAUCAUUUCUAGACUUUCAGAAUUACAUGCAGAGCUGCUGCAUGAAGGACAUUCCUGUUCUGGAGCGUUCCAUCGCUCUGUGUAAUGGGAUGUCCCAGUGGGUUCAGCUGAUGGUGCUGAGCCGGCCGACUGCUCAGCUGAGAGCUGAGGUCUUCACAAAGUUUCUCCACGUUGCACAGAGUCUUCACCAAAUGCACAACUACAAUACACUAAUGGCAGUGGUGGGGGGACUAUGCCAUAGCUCAAUUUCCAGACUGAAAGACACCACUUCACAUGUACCCAGCGAGGUCACCAAGGUCCUGAACGAGAUGACAGACCUGCUGUCCUCCUGCAGGAACUAUGACAACUAUAGACACGCUUACAGCAGGUGUUCGGGUUUUAAAAUCCCCAUCCUUGGUGUCCACCUGAAAGAUCUGAUUACCGUCAAUGAGGCCAUGUCAGACUAUGUGGAAGACAACAAGGUGAAUAUCCAUAAACUCCAAGUCCUCUACAACCACAUCAAUGAGCUCAUCCAGCUCCAGCAGAUCCCACCAAGAUUAGACGCAAACAAGGACCUGGUUCAUCUUCUGACGCUGUCCUUGGACCUUUACUACUCUGAGGAUGAGAUUUACGAGCUGUCUUAUGCACGGGAGCCUAAGAACUGUAAGGCACCUCCAUCCACCCCCUCCAAACCUCCAGUUUGUGUUGACUGGGCAUCUGGAGUGGCUCCUAAACCUGACCCUCGAACCAUCAGCAAACAUGUGCAGAGAAUGGUUGAUUCUGUGUUUAAGAACUACGACCACGAUGAGAACGGCUUCAUUUCUCAUGACGACUUUGAGAAGAUUGCUGCCAGCUUUCCUUUUUCCUUUUGUGUCAUGGACAAAGAGAAGGAAGGCAUGGUGAGCAGAGAGGAGAUCACUGCUUACUUUAUGAGGGCUAGUGUCAUCUGCUCUAAACUUGGCCUUGGCUUCGUGCACAACUUCCAAGAGGCCACUUACAUGAAACCCACUUUCUGUGACAACUGCUCCGGGUUUUUAUGGGGUGUUAUCAAGCAAGGCUACAGAUGCAAGGACUGCGGCAUGAACUGCCACAAACUCUGCAAAGACCAGGUGGCGUUUGAGUGCAAGAAAAACAUCAAAGUGUCCAACACCACCGACAGUCCACCGUUGAGCACUACACCCGUUGCUACGGGCAACUCAGAGGGCUCAGAGGAAUGCCCUUUCCCCUACCCCCCAGACGACAGCAAAGACUACAGCCACAGCUCUCAGUUUGCACCCCGCAAGAGGCCUGUGAGGGUCCAUAGCUACACCCAGACUGAGGGCUCACAGCUCUCCUGUCCUACUGUGGAAGCUGUGGAGGCGACCCAGCUUCAGUCUUCUCUGGCAGUUCCGCCGUUGUCCUCUCCUACGGCUGAAAGCAGCAACCCUCAGCCUUCAAUUUUGACCGCCGUACCACAUACCCUUCCUCUGUCCCCCAACUCAGUGCUGCAGAGGAAAACACGAUACUGCGCCAAAUGGGAAAACAAAGCAUCUGUUUUGGCAAAGAACUGCAAAUCAGGAGAUGAGAGCAAAGGCACACAUGAAUCCCUUGAAUUGGAAAAUCAGAGUCUCAAAAAAGACAAUGAAACACUACGCAGAAAACUGAGGGAGGCAGAAAGAGAGAUGGAGUUACUGAAGACACUUUUGAAAAAUCACGCUCUCCAUCCUUUAGUGGUGGAGGACUCGUCUUAGAAUCUUAUUGCAAGGAGACCGGUGCUGCCCUCACUUGGCUUUCCCAAUGAAUCAUACUAUUUGUCUUAGAUAAUAAAAGUUUUCUUUUUAUUAGAGGAAGGAGCCUAAGGCAAUUUGGCACCAUGAAAGGUAAA